UCCGCCGAGAUGGGGUGACGUUGGGGUGAAGGACGGGUUUGGCCUGGACCUUAGCGAGGCUUGUCCCGCCUCGCUUGCGUUCGUCGGGGCCGGUUGCUUCCGCUCGGUUCGUCACUCCCCGGGAGGAGCCGGGUCGCUAGUUGCGGUGUCCACUGUGCCCUCCUCUCCAAAGGUCUUCAAAGCAGCGUUUGUGAAUUUUUUUUCAGCAGGAAAAUGAUUUCCGCUUUUUGCAUCCAUGUUGGUUCCGUCCCCAGGGUCCUCCCGGCUCAGGGACCCGGCGAUUUUUGUGUUCUGGAAUCCCAAUAACCCUAUAUAAAGAGGAAUGGAGAUUGCUGCUGUUCAUUUAGAUUAAUGAGCUGUCCUGAAGUGAUGUUGGCAUCAAUGAAAGCAGGGUUCUGGCACAUUCUCACCUCACAGGAUGGCAGCUGUUGAUUUGUCCCAUGUACAUUAUCUUUCUGGGGACCCAGUUUGCCUUCAUGAAGAAAAUACGGCAGCAGGAAGGAUAGUGGCCGACUGCCUAACAAAUUGUUAUCAGGAUUCAGUGACCUUUGAUGAUGUGGCUGUGGACUUCACCCAGGAGGAGUGGACUUUACUAGACCCAACUCAGAGAAGCCUCUACAGUGAUGUGAUGCUAGAGAACUACAAGAACCUGGCCACAGUAGGAGGUCAGAUCAUCAAACCCAGUCUGAUCUCUUGGUUGGAAAAAGAAGAGUCAAGGACAGUUCAGGGAGGCGUUCUCCAAGGAUGGGAAUUGCAACUUGAAACGCAGUGGUCUACACUUCAGCAGAACUGUUUGAUGGGUCAGACAUCCAUUGGGAUACAAUUGGAAGGAAACCACAAUAGAGGGAAACUUUGUGACUGUGAGCAAGGUGGAGAAGUGUUCGGUGAACACUCAUGCCUUAAGAUGCACAUGAGAACUCAAAGUACAGGGAACGCUCAUGACUGUAAUCAGUAUGGAAAAGAUUUCCUUAUUCUGCAUGAGAAAACCUCUACUGGUGAGAAACUGUCUGAGUUUAAUCAGAGUGAAAAAAUCUUCAGCCUGACACCAGAUAUUGUAUGCCAGAGAACUAGCACACAAGAAAAGUCAUUUGAAUGUAGUCAUUGUGGAAAAUCCUUCAUUAAUGGGUUAUACCUUCAGGCACAUGUGAAAACGCACAAUGGAGAAAAACUCUAUGAAUGGAAUGGGCCAGGUUUUAUUGACUCCACAAACCUUUCUGUGCUUAUAGAAACCCUCAAUGCAAAAAAGCCCUAUAAAUGUAAGGAAUGUGGAAAAGGCUAUAGAUACCCAGCCUACCUCAGUAUUCACAUGCGAACCCACACUGGGGAGAAACCCUAUGAAUGUAAGGAAUGUGGGAAAGCCUUCAAUUAUUCCAAUUCAUUUCAGAUACAUGGAAGAACUCACACUGGAGAGAAACCGUAUAUAUGUAAGGAAUGUGGGAAAGCCUUCACUCAAUACUCGGGCCUUAGUAUACAUGUACGAUCUCAUAGUGGAGACAAACCCUAUGAAUGUAAGGAAUGUGGGAAAUCCUUCCUUACGUCCUCACGCCUUAUUCAACAUAUCAGAACUCACACUGGAGAGAAGCCUUUUGUGUGUGCUGAAUGUGGGAAAGCCUUUGCAAUUUCCUCAAAUCUUAGUGGACACUUGAGAACUCACACUGAAGAGAAGGCCUGUGAGUGUAAGAUAUGCGGGAAAGUAUUUGGGUAUCCCUCAUGUCUUAAUAAUCACAUGCGAACGCACAGUGCCCAGAAACCAUAUACCUGUAAGGAAUGUGGGAAGGCUUUUAACUAUUCCACCCACCUUAAAAUUCACAUGCGAAUCCACACUGGAGAAAAACCCUAUGAGUGUAAACAAUGUGGAAAGGCCUUCAGUCAUUCCAGUUCAUUUCAAAUACAUGAAAGGACUCACACUGGAGAGAAGCCCUUUGAAUGUAAACAGUGUGGGAAAGCCUUCAUAUGUUCCAGUUCCUUUAGAAUUCACGAAAAAACACACAUGGAAGAGAAACCCUAUAAAUGUCAGCAGUGCGGGAAAGCUUACAGUCAUCCUCGUUCACUUCGAAGACACGAACGAACUCACUAAUGAGAAACUCUGUGCAUGUAAUAAAUGUGGGAAAGCUCUAAUUUGUUCUAAUUCACUUCAAAGACAUGAAUGAGCUCACACUGGAGAGAAGAAACUAUGAAAAUUAUUUAAUUCCUGUAAUCCCAGCACUUUGUGAGGCUGAGGUGGGUGGAUCACUUGAGGUCAGGAGUUUGAGACCAGCCUGACCAACAUGUUGAAACCCUGUCUCUACUAAAAAUAAAAAUAAAAAAAAUCCAGGUGUGGUGGCAGGUGCCUCUAAUCCCAGCUACUUGGGAGACUGAAGCAAGAGAAUAGCUUGAACCCAGGGGGCAGAGGUUGCCGUGAACAGACAUCGUGCCACUGCACUCCAGCCUGGGCGACAGUGUAAGACUUCAUCUCAAAAAAAAAUUAUUUGAUUAAAUUGAGACUGCUGUCCCUAUAAGAAGAGAAAGACACAAGUGGGACAGCAAAUAGAGGAGAUGACAUGAGGUCAUCACAUGAGUCCGUCUGCAAGCCAAAGACAGAAGGCUGGAACAGAUCCUUUUAUCAAGGCCUCCAACCUUGCUUGCUGGCACAUUGAUCUUGGGCUUCCAGAACUUUGAGCAAGUAAACUUCUCUUGUUUGAGCCACCCAUUCUGGUGUUUUGUUGUGGCGGCUCUAGCAAGUUAAUAUGGUAAGCAAUAAGCAAAAAACGUUUAUAGAUUGUCCAAAAGCCUUAAUAUUCACAUGCAAAGCCACACUGGAGAGAAGCUAUAUGAAUGUAAGGCGUGGGAAAACCUUCAUUGAGCCUUUGGUUCUUUCUACACACAGGAGAAGUUACAUAGGAGAGACAUUGUAUGAAUGUAAGGCACAUGAAAAAGCCUGUGAAUGUUCACUCUGUUUUAAUCACAUAAAAGUUGUCUGGUCAUAGACUGUGUGAAAAUAGAGGGGGGAAAAAAGGAAAGUUACUUUUACUGUAAAGUAAGGAAUCUGUGACCUUGUACACCAUAUUGGAACUUGGAGCAGACCGAGACCCCAUUAGGAUUGUAGAAGAGCUUACAUUAAUGUUUUCUACCUUCUAGAAAGGUGUAAGAAGUUGAACUGGAGAGAAGCCUUCUCACUGUAAUGCAUGUAGGAAGCCUUACAUUAACUCCACAGAAUUUUUUACACAUCUAAAAUGACCUCAAAACCCUGGGAAGGUAAGGAAUGUGAUAUAACCUUUAAAUAUUUUACACACCAUAAUAUUUACAUGAAUUCUCAUAUUUAUAAUACUGUACUGUUUCAUGAGUAGUGUUAGUACCUUAUACUAUCAAAAUAAUUCUAAAUCCUCCCUCUCAGACCUUCCACCAUUAUUAUAUUUCACUUACCUGCAUAUGCACACUCGCACAGGAAACUAGCAUAUGUAAUCUGGUACAUUGUAGCUAUUUUUCAGAAGCUGUCUGUUUGAUCAAUUAAGAAUUAUAAAAAUGAACAUUUGUAUUUUACCUUCACUUCUUCCUUCUGUGCUCAAAGUUGGAUGUAUUUCUUGCACUUGAUCCUCAAAACAUAAAGCAUUUUCCCCUUCUG